CAACUAACCCGAUUCAAUUCAGUUUUGCUAACGUUAGCUGACCGAGAAGUGUUCAACGGUUUUCCAGCAGUAAAUAAAUAAUUAAUCUCAAAGAUGUCGUACAAGGUUGAAGCUCUUCCCGAUUCCUAUGCCGCCCUGGGCGAGGGACCCCACUGGGAUGUGGCCCGCCAGAGUCUGUAUUACGUGGACCUCGAAUCCGCGGGCAUUAAUCGCUACGACUUCAAGCAGAACAAGGUGUACAAGGCUAAAAUCGAGGGUGAGGUCUUUGCCUCCUUUAUUCUGCCCAUCGAGAACAAACCCCAGGAGUUUGCUGUGGGCUGCACCCGACGCACCGUCAUCGUCCAAUGGGAUGGAGUCUCGGCGGUGGCCAAGGUGGUUCGCACCCUCUUUGAAGUGCAGCCGGAUGUCCAGGACAACCGCAUCAAUGAUGCCAAAACCGAUCCCAAUGGUCGCUUCUAUGGUGGCACCAUGGCCGUUAGUGGCGACAUCUUUACCCAAUGGAAGGGUGAACUCUACAGCUGGCAGGCCGGCGGACAGCCCAAGGUCAUUAGGAGCGAGGUGGGCAUCUCCAAUGGUUUGGCCUGGGAUGUCAAGGCCAAGAAGUUCUACUUCAUCGACACCAACAACCAUGAGGUGUUGGCCUAUGACUAUAAUCAAAGCACCGGUGCCAUUAGCAACCCAAAGGUAAUCUUCGAUCUGAGGAAAAUCCGCCCAGAGGGUCCAUUAUUCCCCGAUGGCAUGACCGUGGACACGGAGGGCAAUAUCUAUGUGGCCACCUUCAACGGUGGAACCGUCUUCAAGGUUAACCCAAGCACCGGCAAGAUCCUGCUGGAGAUCAAAAUUCCCACCACUCAAAUCACCUCGGUGGCCUUUGGAGGUCCCAACCUGGACAUUCUGUAUGUGACAACCGCCAACAAGUUCGACCAGCCAAAACCAGCUGGCACCACCUACCAGGUCACCGGUCUCAAUGCCAAGGGCUAUGCCGGCGUCAGUCUAAAGAUCUAGAUUAUAGAGUACUUGUAUAAUAGCAUUUAAUUAAAUGGGCAAGUGUUUACUUGUUACUGAAAUAAUA